CAAGGCCGGUCAAGCAAGUCCCUCCGUCCCGGCCCGCGCGACACCGAGCCCUCCAUGCCUGCGGGCGGACAGAGGCGGGGCCUCCCCCAGGGCAGCCACCUCUGCUGGUUGCUCUGCGUUUUCACCUUAAAGCUCUGCCAAGCCGAGGCUCCUGUGCGGGCGGAGCAGCUGUCAGUGAGCACCUCAAAUUUGCCGUGCUGGCUGGUGGAAGAAUUUGUGGUGGCGGAAGAAUGUGCUCAAUGUUCUAAUUUCCAGGCUAAAACCACCCCUGAAUGUGGUUCCACAGGGUAUGUGGAGAAAAUCACAUGCAGCUCAUCUAAGAGGAGUGAAUUCAAAAGCUGCCGCUCAGCUCUGAUGGAACAACACUUAUUCUGGAAAUUUGAAGGGGCCAUUGUGGGUGUGGCCUUGGUCUUCGCUUGCCUUGUCAUCGUUCGUCAGCGACAGCUGGACAGAAAAGCUCUGGAAAAGGUCCGGAAGCAAAUCGAGUCCAUAUAGCUACCUUCCACUCUUUGAUAGAGGUCUUAGGGAUUGUACCUCGAACACAGACAGUAGAAUGAACGGACUUGUACCCUUCAUUCUUGGGAAGUUGUGGUGGCACCUCCUUCUCUGUCUCUUGUCUAGAUCAUUAACGAGCAAAGUAUAGAAUAGUUUUCUUCUCUAUUAUAAUUUGGUUUGGGACAGGAAGUUCUGGUGGCAGAAAUGGAAUAGCAACUUUAGGCCCCAGUUUACCAACUACCUAUCUUCCCCUUUUUCUGGUACUUAUUUAAAAUUUUCAGGAUAUAAUUUCAGCAAAAAAGUUUUAUUUCUCAGCCAAAACCUCUGUUUCCCCCAACCCUAACCCCAAAGAAAAAAUAAAAUUGCAGAUGUGUAACAAAA